CAAAGAUGGAUCAGCACAUCUCCAUUCUACUUCUGUUCAUUUUCAUCACUGGAUCACACUCACUCAAAUGUUAUGAGUGCACACCUGAUCUGUCAGGAUCUUGUGAGGCAGAAGAGAAGAUAUGUAGUGAUGGAGAGACUAAAUGUUUAAAAAUGACAACCGUUUUUGGUUCAACUAAGAUAUCCACAACUAAAUCGUGUGUAAUGACUUGUGAAGAAAAUAGCAUAAAUGACCCCACUGGGACAACUUCAACCAAGUGCUGUGAUACCGACCUUUGCAAUGGCACAGGUGGACUCUAUAAGGGCAGUUUCAUCCUCCUCCUGUCUCCGCUCUUCAUCCUCACCCUGUUUCACUGAAAUCACUGAACUUCAGUGUAACACAAUUUACAAAAUUGUUAAUUAUAAUGCUUGUUUGUUGCCAAUGUAUGCUGCAUCUAAUUUACAUUCAGUUGUUAGGUUUGUAUAAGCUUAGAAACAACAUAAUUCACAAUUGCUUACAUUUAAGACUUUAUCAAUGGCUUACAUUUGAGCUUUAUAACUGCAACAACAAAAUAUUUUUUAAUUAAAGAUAAUGCUUUCUUUAUGAUAGAUUAAAGGUGAUGUGUGUAAAUUUUAGCAGCAUCUAGUGGUGAGAUUGCGAAUUGCAACCAACAGCUCACCCCUCAAUUGUUUUUAAAACGCAUAUGGUAGCCGCCACAGGACAAACAUGUCAUCGUCUGAGGCAAUGUAGGGACAAAACACGCUCCGUAGAGCAGUUUGUCCAUUAAGGGCUUCUGUAGAAACAUGACGGCGACUUUCAGGUAAUGGGACCUGCGAUGUAUGUAGAUAAAAUUUCUCAUUCUUAAAAACAAUAAAGUUCAUUUGGUAAGGUUUUUAUUUACCACUGAUAAUAUAUUUAUAAUAUAUUUUAUUACAUGUCUGUCAAGAGAUCCUCCUAAAAGUUACACAAUGCACCUUUAAUUUUUAUUGCAUUUUCAUUGGUGUUGCAUUUCUAGCAAAAUAUAUUCUGGAAACAGAAAAAAAAGAAAUAAAAUAUAACCACAACAAAUCUACACUUGUAUUUUUUGUUCGGGAAGCCUUUAUAAAACAGAAAUAAUCAGAAUAAAAUAUUUGUCAAAAUGUAAUAAUGAUAUUUUAUUAAAUAAAGUACUUUAAGUACAGAAGAGAAAGACACCAGUCUCUCACAUCAAACUUAUAGGCCUACUGCAACCUCAUCAAAAGUUUGUUUUUAAAAUUAGGACAUUUGUACUGUAUACUGGCACCCCCACAGCCAUUUUACAGCCACUUUGUUUACCACUUUGUGUGGUCAGUGGGGUUAUGCUCCCUUUUUUUUAAGCUGGCACAUGUGCACGGCUCACAGAAAUGUGUGCAUACACAGACAUUAAAACAAAUAUUAUAGAGAAAAAAACAGUACCUGUUCUGACCAGCAGCUGGCGCUGUUGUCAACAAGCAAACUGUCACUGAACAUCAUUCACAAAAAGAACUAAUGAGCCUGGGCACCAGAUUAAUUUUCAAUUACACUGCUGCUACCAACUUUCUUAGUUGGUCACAUCAGCACAUGAUUUGGUCUUUAGCCGAAAAUGCAUCUGUUAUCAAAAUAUACAAACACAGAACUACACCAGCUUCAAUAUAUCACCGUAUAAUAAGAACAAAAGCCUGUAUGGGCUCUAUUUUAACAAUCUAAGCGCAAUGUGCAAUAAACCAGUAAGAGUCUCAUCCCAUUUAAAAGCCAGUUGCGCUGGCGCCAUCCCGACCCCCUAUUUUGGCAGAGUUUGUAAACUAAAAAAACUAAGAGGAGGAAUAAGACCACCAGUUUUAGAUUGAUAUUAAAAAAAAAAUUUAUUUUUAUUUGUAAUGAAAUUGUUAUUUUUUUGGUAUUAGAACCUUUAAAAGUCGUUUUCUUUCAGUCAUGGAUCCUCAUUUAUGUCCAAGAGACUCAAUAAUAAUCUUUUACAUUUGAAUCCUUAGAUUUUUUUUCAAUACGCAUUUGUAAGCUUUUACAUUUGUCAAAAUGUAAUAAUGAUAACAAAAUCUCUAAGUUAAAUUACUGUUAUUAUUCAUAUGUUACCAAACAAU